AAUUGAUGUAGUUACAUGCAGUUCCAGACAGGCAUCCAUGUUGGGCCAUGUCACAUCAAUAAUUCGAAGUGAUGCUGCAAGGGAUCAAUCCAUUUUACGAUGGCCGCUGUUAUGAUAGUUUAACAAUCUUAAAAUUUGAGUUUGUAAACAAUGAAUGGAAUGCGGCAAAUCAUAUAAAGAACGUUGCUAGGAGCGAUGAACAUGUAUAAAUAGGCUGGUUACAGAUGAAUCAUUACUAAAUGGACCCAAAUCUACAACAUAUGCCGCCAUAAAUAUAAACGUAAAAUCGUGAUUCAUGAUUCAUGAUUUCAACUGCUGUCAUGCGCUACAUCUGUACAAUUUGAAAGUUCGUCAAUCUAUAGUUAAGAAUAAAAAUGAACUCGUAUCAAGCCUCACCCUGGUGACAACAAACAACGAAAAAGGAGACGUGGACGAACUGACCAUUUGAUACGCUGGUGAUGCUCUGCUCAGUUAUUGCUUUAGCAAACAGCCGUAAUACGAGAAUUAACAUAAACAUCAUGAUUCCAAGCUCAUUAAAACUCAAACAAAGGGGAAGGAGCUCUCAUCUUUCCACAGCCAGGGACAUGGUAUAUUUGUGGGCCAAUCUUGAUACUGUCACGCAUAGACGUCAAUAUCGAGGACAACAGAAAGUAAAUCUGAAAGUGAGGCCGACCAGGUAUCACAAUGUAAAUAACAGCGUAGGUGGUCGGAUCAAGAUCAAUAAGGGUAUCCGGGUAUUUGUCAAAGAGGGGCGGUAGCCAUGUCAUAAUCCACAAUCGUAUACUGUGCGUAAUCCACAGUACCGAGUAUAUUCUCUCAGCACGUAUGAUGCGUAAG